AUGGGAGACGAGAACAUCUAUACGAAUGAUGGAACAGUGGAUUUCCGUAAAAAUCCUGCUGAUAAGACGAAAACCGGAAAUUGGAAGGCCUGCCGUUUUAUCCUUGGAAAUGAAUGCUCUGAGAGGUUGGCAUACUAUGGCAUGAGUACUAAUCUGGUGAAUUAUCUUAAGUCACGCCUUGGCCAAUCGAAUGUGACUGCAUCAAACAACGUUACAAAUUGGUCGGGAACUUGCUAUAUCACACCGUUGAUUGGAGCUUUCCUGGCUGAUUCCUACCUCGGAAGAUACUGGACCAUUGCCAGUUUCGUAUUCAUUUAUGUUAUAGGAAUGAUACUCUUAACGUUGUCUGCUUCGGUUCAUGGGCUAAAGCCUGAAUGUGUUAAGGACGACUGUAAUCCAACAGGAUCGCAAACUGCUGUCUUUUUUGCAGCACUAUACUUGAUUGCACUCGGAACUGGUGGAAUCAAACCCUGUGUCUCCUCCUUUGGCGCAGAUCAGUUUGAUGAAACUGAUGAAAUCGAGAGGGAAAAGAAGAGCUCCUUCUUCAAUUGGUUUUAUCUUUCAAUUAAUAUCGGUGCUCUUAUUGCUUCAUCAGUUUUGGUAUGGAUACAAAUGAAUGUGGGAUGGAGUUGGGGGUUUGGGAUUCCAGCAGUUGCUAUGGUCAUUGCAGUUGUGUUUUUCUUCUCGGGGAGUCAUCUGUAUCGGUUCCAAAAACCCGGAGGGAGCCCCCUCACACGAAUUUUUCAGGUGUUGGUUGCAUCCAUGAGAAAAUAUAGCGUAAAAGUUCCAGCUGACAAGUCUCUCCUAUAUGAAACUCCCGAUAUGGAAUCCAACAUUCAAGGAAGCCGCAAACUUGAGCACACGGAGAAGUUCAGGUUCUUUGAUAAGGCUGCGGUGGAGACUGAAACUGGCAAUGUCAAAGGUAAGGUGGAUCCCUGGAGAAUUUGCACCGUUACUCAAGUUGAAGAACUCAAGUCGAUAGUCAAGAUUCUCCCCGUGUGGGCGUCUGGAAUAGUUUUCGCAACGGUAUACAGUCAGAUGAGCACAAUGUUUGUUCUACAAGGCAACACCAUGGACCAACAUAUUGGCCCACAUUUUGAAAUCCCAUCAGCAUCCCUAUCCCUCUUUGAUACAGUCAGUGUCAUUUUCUGGGUGCCCAUUUACGACCAAAUAAUCAUCCCGGUUGCAAGAAAGUUCACUCGCCAUGAACGGGGAUUUACGCAGCUCCAAAGAAUGGGCAUUGGACUUGUCAUCUCGAUUUUCUCCAUGGUCGUUGCUGGUUCACUAGAGGUUAUUCGGCUCGACAAUGUGAGAAGAAAUAAUUACUACGAUCGUAAAACGAUCCCCAUGUCAAUCUUCUGGCAAGUGCCUCAGUACUUUUUGAUUGGAUGUGCAGAAGUUUUCACAUUCGUUGGACAACUGGAGUUCUUUUACGACCAGGCGCCUGAUGCUAUGAGAAGCUUGUGCUCGGCGCUCUCUCUCACGACGGUUUCAUUAGGCAACUACCUGAGUACUCUUUUAGUGACGAUUGUGACCGACAUUACCACAAGACACGGGAAACUUGGUUGGAUUCCGGAAAACUUGAACCGGGGCCAUCUCGACUACUUCUAUUGGUUGUUGGCUAUCCUCAGCUUAAUCAACUUCUUCGUAUACCUGUCGAUUGCAAAUUUCUACACUUACAAGAAGAGGCGGCGGCUUAUUCUCUCGCUCUGCAAGUCCAAUGAUUCGGAUAAUUCAGAUUCAGAGGCUCAGGCACCUGAAGGAGACACUCAUAAGCAGGAGCUUCUUGCCAGAAUUGUAAUGCUUAUAGCCCAAAAAGUUCGUCUCACUGAUUACUUGGACAAAAGAUCAGCAUAUCUGACCCAGUUUGCUGAAGAAGCCAAUGCUAAAAUUGACCAGAUAGGAGAAAAUGCCCUCGGAGAAUUGGUCGGAGCUGGUGCCAGGGUCUGUUCAACUUCUUUCAUAUCAAAUGCAUAG